AUGGGGAACGAGGGCAGCGUGGAGGGCGAGGGGCCGGCGGUGCAGGGCGGCACGGCGGCCCCUGCAGCGGGGACUCCGGCUUCCGUUUCAGCACCACCGGCCCCUGGACAGCUCACCAAGCCCAGCAAUGGUGCGCCAGCCGGAGGGACCGGGGCCGGACCCGGGCCGGGGAUUAACAGAACCCCCCAAGCCGACCCCGGGCCCAAAGCCGGGGUCCAGAGUGGCCCCGGGACGGGGGACCGCUUGGCCUCCCAGCAGAGCCACCAGCCCGCCGGCCCCCAGGGAGGGGAGCCGGGCAGAGGCCACGCCUCCAGGAUGAGCCUGCAGGUGGAGGCUGGCGGCCGGGGCGGGCGGUCCCCGUCGGCGUCUCCGGACCGCAGCGCCCCCUCCUCCCCCUACUCAGUGCCUCAGAUAGCACCCAUGCCUAGCAGCAAGCUCUGUCCCGUCUGCAACACCGCCGACCUCAUGGGCUCCACGGACGGCCAGCCAAACCACAACACCUGCACGCAGUGUCGCUCCAUGGUGUGCAACCAGUGUGGCUUCAACCCCAACCCCCACCUCACACAGGUCCAGGAGUGGCUGUGUCUCAACUGUCAGAUGCAGAGAGCAUUGGGGAUGGACAUGACCACACCUCGAUCCAAGAGUCAGCAGCAGAUCCCUUCUCCUUCCCAGCCGGCCAAACCCCAGCUGACCUCGGACGCCCCUCCUCAGCCUGCGGCCCAGCCUGCACAGGCCCCGACCCAACCUCCCACCCCUACUCCUGCUCAGCCGCCACCCUCCCCCCAAGCCCCUCAGACCGCGGGCCCCAACAGACAGCCAGGUCCGGCUGCGCCCGGCCAACAGCAGCACACGAGGGUCAAACUGCCGCCAGGGGCAGUCCCUCUCCCCGGCAUGGCCAAGGCCCCGUCCCAGCCGGACCUGGCCCGUCAGCCCCCAGCACACCUGGGCCACAACCCUCGGCAGGACCAGACCCGCAGUGCUGGGAGCUCCCCGUCGCGACAGCCCCCGCCUCCGGAGCAGACUUUUGGCAAGCUGUUUGGCUUCGGCGCCUCCCUGCUCAACCAGGCCAGCACGCUCAUCACAGAGACCACCCAGCCCCCGCCACCACCGCCAAAAACAGCUCCCAAACCCGUCGGACCCCAAGGCCCGGCUCCUGAAGCUGGUAAACCCCCGGGGCCCCCCCACGCUCAGCAGGGGCCCCAUCCGCACCAGGACCCUCCCUCUAAACCCAAAGCAUGUUGCCCUCUCUGUAAGACCAGCCUCAACGUUGGCAACACCGCACAACCGCCCAAUUACAACGAUUGCACCCAGUGCCAUUCCCAGGUGUGCAACAAGUGUGGAUUCAACCCCACCCCACACCUUGUCGAGGACUCCAACAAGUCGAGCACACAGAGCUUGAGUGACACUGGCUAUUCCUCUGAUGGGAUUUCCAGCUCCCAGGGGGAGAUCGUAGGCCAAAUCUGGGAGGAGGGAAUCAAGCUCAAUGAAAAGGGCACCUCGAGGCAACCCGAGAUCAACAAGCUAGAGAGUUCCAUGAGGCCUCUUCUAGAGGCCAAGACCGCAGACAAGAAGCAGAGACCACAUUCACUGUCCGUCGGACAUGAGCCGGAAUACAACUCUGACGAAGAAGCGGCGCGAGAAGAGUCAGAAGAUGAACUGAGCUGUAAAUUACGACAUGACUAUGUGGAAGACAGCAGCGAGAGCGGCCUCUCGCCAUUACCUGUCAGGCAGAAGAAGACACAUAAAGAAAUGACGGAUGAAGAUAUCAUGAGAAGGCAGAUCAUGGAGAUGAGUGCUGAUGAGGAAGAAGUAGAUGAAUAUGGAAACCAGAAACCCAAAAAGGCCCAUAAAAGUGGUGGGGAAUCAGGAAAAGAGAGGCGACGGCUCACUCAACAAUCAAACAGUUUUGAGGAUGACACAAAAGGAGCUGAUGGGGAGGACGCCGAGGGCAUGCUCUCCUCUCAAGGAGGCCUCAGGCGGUUCAAAACUAUCGAGCUGAACAACACAAACAGCUACCCUGAGCAGGACCUACGAGAACCAGAGCUGGAGAUGGAGAGCCUGACGGGAUCCCCGGAGGAGCGAUCCAGGGGAGAGUACUCCUCCACCCUACCUGCUACCACCCCAAGCUACACGUCUGGAACAUCACCCACGUCCGUGUCCUCCAUGGAGGACGACAGUGACAGUAGCCCUAGUCGCCGGGCAAAACUAGAAGAGGCCAAGCAGCAGAGGAAGGCCCGUCACCGGUCCCAUGGGCCGCUCCUGCCGACCAUCGAGGACUCUUCAGAGGAGGACGAGCUGAGGGAGGAGGAAGAGCUGCUCAGAGAGCAGGAGGAAAUGAGGGAUCUGGAGCAGCAGAGGAUCCGUAGUACCGCCAGGAAGACAAAGAGGGACAAAGAGGAGCUACGGGCACAAAGACGUAGAGAAAGAUCUAAAACUCCCCCCAGCAACCUCUCUCCAAUCGAGGAUGCAUCGCCAACAGAAGAGCUAAGGCAAGCGGCCGAGAUGGAGGAGCUCCACCGAUCCUCCUGUUCUGAAUACUCCCCCUCCGUGGACUCAGAGGCAGAAGGAUUCGAGAUGAUUGGUGGAAAAUUGUACAAAUCAGGAAGUGAAUACAACCUUCCAACGUUUACAUCCCUCUACUCUCCUACUGAAAAAUCAUCUGGGACAUCACCCCCUGACAAAACAUUGAAAAGUGCAGAAGAGGUCUAUGAGGAGAUGAUGAGGAAAGCACAGAUGAUGCAGAAGCAAGGCCAACCUCUCCAGCUGCACCCCGUGGAAACCAGUCUCCCCAAAAAUCCAGUCCACCCCGUCUUUUACGACAACAGUCCUCCCAAGAAACCCCAAGGAAGCGUAGUCGACCUGAGUGCCCCGAUGAGACCUGCACCAAUUAUAAUGACGGACCAAGGGAUGGAUCUGACGUCCCUGGCCUCUGACAGCAGACGAUACUCCAUAGGAGCAGAGCAGCCAUCCAUCCGACACACAGCAGUGCAAUCACUUGUCAUGAAUCUGAAUUCCCAAGAACAACCACAUGUAGCGGUUUCAACUCCGACCACUGUGAGCGUCACAAUGGCAGGCUCUAUGUUUAUGACCCAGCCGAAGCAGCAGGUGGUGUAUGGGGAUCCUCUGCUGAACCGUGUGGAUCUGGGGCAGGGUGUUGGAUCAGCCAUGUGUUUAGCACAGAUGAAGCUCACCGAUCCGUCUAUUCCAAAAAUCGUUCUGGAGCAGCAACUCCAGCAGCAUCAGCAACAAUCCUCAUUUGCACGUUACAAUUUAGCGAAUCAGGUUCAACCAAUGCUGCUGAAGAAAGAUAUUGUAGUUAGCCAGACGAGUAGUGCCCAGCCUGUGGUGAGUGUAAGUGCCAUUCCUAGAGUAGCCCCUCUACCGCCUCAGCCUGCAACUGGGGCCCCUGCUUCUAACCAGUCCCAUGAUAUGUAUAGUGGUGUUGCAUUAGAGUUGAAAAAUAAGCCCACUGUAAUGAACUUGUCUACCGGAAAGCCCCAUGUUAUGAUGGUUCAGCUGGAUGAGAGUAACGCAUCACAAGGAGGCACAAUAUCUCAGCUGGUAAAGAAAGAAGAGCCGGCACCUCCUCCACAGGUCCUCGACCUGACAGGACAGUUCAAACCAGAGAGCCAGGCGGCUUGCUGUGAUGUGGUUUACAAAAUGCCUUUUGCUAGUAGCUGCACGGGUUCUCUCACUCAGAGACAGACGGCAGCGACGUCAGAUGAAAACUCUGCCUCUGAUCCAUCUCAAGUUGCCCGCCCUCCUCCUGCCCCGCACUAUAACACCAGCCAGCAGCAACAACAGCAAGCCCCAGCUGUGCAGGGUUUAGCAGAGGAACAAGCAACCUGCUCAAUACUUUCUCCACCGAUGGACGCACGCAAAGACAAGGAAGAGGAGCGAUUAAGUCAACAACAAGAGCACAUGUUGCAGUUAGAGCGGGAGCAUGUGGAGCUGGAGAAGGUGCGGCAACUGCGCCUACAUGAGGAGCUUGAAAGAGACCGAAUGGAGCUCCAGCGACACAGAGAGAAAGAACAAAUGCUGGUCCAGCGGGAGAUCCAGGAACUACAGACAAUCAAACACCAAGUCCUUCAGCAACAGCAAGCUGAGCGAGAGACCCAGCUCAUCAUGCAAAGGGAGCAGCUCGCCCAACAGAGAAUGCAGCUUGACCAGAUUCAGACUUUGCAGCAGCAGCUGCAGCAGCAGUUGGAGGACCAGAAGAGGCAGAAGACGGCAGCUGUUGAGGCCGCAGCAGCAUCAGCAGCAGCAGAGGCAGCUGCCGGCGCUGCAGCUGCAGCGGCUGCAGCAACCUCUGCACAGGGGGCCAUGCAAGGGGUGGUGGUUGGAGGAGGACCACCUCAAGGGUUCAUUAUUUGCAGGCCUAUUCAUAGUUCUUCCUCAGAGGUAUCACUGAGAAACACUGAGGACCCUGCUAGCUCCAAGGUCAUGAAGAAACAGAAUUCAAUGCCAAGACUGAGAGACGGCUCUGAAGAGGAGAAGAGGAUUGCAGACAGCUGUGUGCAAACCGAUGAUGAAGACGGAGAGGACAGAUUCUUGAACAGGCGCAGAAGAACUCGGCGGAUUGCAGACUGCAGUGUGCAGACUGAUGAAGAGGACCAGGGAGAAUGGGACCAGCAGCCAGUGAGGCGCAGAAGGUCCCGCGUAUCGAAGCACUCUGACGCAAACGUUGAGAAAUCAGAAGCCAAAGUGUCUUCCUCGAGCAUCGCUAUCCAAACCACCUUCGAUUCCUCCUGCCAGACAGAGCCAGAACAGCUGGGAAGGGUCUCUCCUGCGAUUCACAUCACUAUGGCAGAGACCUCAAAGGUUGACCUGUUGCAUUACAUCGCCUCCCCUGAAAGGACCCAGAAAGGAGAGAGUCUUGCCUGUCAAACGGAACCAGAGGCCCAGUCCCAGGGUGUCGUCGCCCCUCAGCUUAGCGUGCCGACCACCAUCAGUCCCUACUCCACCAGCCUCCACAUGGUGGGCGCCAACCCGUCUGAGCCAGCCUCUCCACGCCUCCAGGGGGUGGCCAAGUUUGAGAGGAGGAAACCGGAUCCUCUGGAGAUUGGCUAUCAGCAGCAGCACGAGUCUCGCCAGCCUCCCAAGUCUCCCCAGGUGUUGUACUCCCCCGUGUCCCCGCUCUCCCCACAUCGUAUGUUGGAGACCACGUUCGCCUCGCAGGAGAAGCUCAACAAGGCCCACGUCACGCCCCAGCAGAAGGCCUUCACCGCCGAGUCGCCGCAGCGGCACCAGAGCCUGCCCCGACCCAUCAAGAGUGUGCAGCGCUCCAUGUCCGACCCCAAGCCGCUCAGCCCCACUUCUGAGGACCCCGGGAAGAACCGCUUCUCCCCGUACCACCAGCAGGCGCUCUCCAACAGCCAGAUGGCCUCCCUGCAGCAGCAGCAGCAGAACUCUCUGAUGAGAAAGGUAAAGAGGACCCUCCCCAGCCCCCCGCCAGAGGAGAUCCCCCUCCCGAUCGUCACUCCAGCUCAAAUGUACAGCUCCCCCGGGAUGCCCCAGAGGGUUCUGCCCAGACCGGCCCAGGGUGUCACCAAGGCGGGCCUGCUCAGUGAGCUGAAGAUGGUGGAGCAGGAGUCGUCCAAGCUCCGGAAGCAGCAGGCCGAGCUGGAGGAGGAGGAGAAGGAGAUUGACGCCAAGCUGCGCUACUUAGAGCUAGGCAUCACUCAGCGGAAGGAGACCAUGGUGAAAGACAGAGAGAGGCGAGACCUUGCCUACCUGCGCUGUAUGGGCGAUGCCCGGGACUACAUGUCAGACAGCGAGCUGAAUAACCUCAGGAUUGCAGCUGCCACUGGAAACUUUGAUACUAAUGGUCCAGGAACCUUUCAGCCCCACCCGCCACCAGGCCCCGCAUACCAGACUCCAGGGUCCUACUCCGCGCACAUGUAUGCUCAGUCCAGCUAUCAGCCAGAUCUUGGCAUGCCCCAGCAUGGCCACCAGGGCUUCCAGCCUCCUUGCCAGCCUAUGCCAGGCCAGAGUCUACCCUACCCCAGCCAUAGCUCCUAUCAGCCCGUCCUCCCUUUCCAGUCCCAGGCAGAUAUCCUUACAGUCCACCAAAGACCCAGGCAGACCUCUCUGGCUGACCUUGAGCAGAAAUUGCCCACCAACUACGAGGUCAUUAGCAACCCGGCAGUGUCAGUGGCUACCUCAGCUCCAGACACUGGCUUCAGCGCAGUCUACAGUAACACCUAUGGUCAGUACCACCCCCCUGAGCCUGGCCUUACUCAACCAGUGGAGAGCCCCACCUCUGCAUAUGCCCACGACGGGCUGUACACCACUAACCUAGAGCAGAAUAUACCAAGGAACUAUGUCAUGAUUGAUGACAUCAGUGAAUUGACAAAAGAGAAUGCGGGCCAAGCCACCGAUGCUCACGGCCAUCCUGCAGGAGGGCGCUAUGGAGGUGAGAACGGGUCUUCAAGAGGUUACGGAAGGCCUGAGGACGAGUCUGUGGAUGCUUACGGCCGACCAGCAGGCACCGCGGGCUACCAGGUCGUGGACGGCCACGCCGGGUCCACCGUGAGCGGCGGCUCCUCGUACUAUUAUGAUGAUUACAAACACCCCAACACACGCGGCAGCUCUGGCACCCAGAAAGCCUCCUCAAAGAACCUGGCCCCGGCCGUGGUCUCUUCUAAACGUAGCAAGCACAGAAAACAGGGAAUGGAGCAGAAGGUUUCAAAGUUUUCGCCGAUCGAGGAGGCGCGGGACGUCGAGUCGGACCUGGCGUCCUACACCAUGACCACUUCGACGGGGGGCAGCUGCACCGUUGUGUCGAGAUCCAAAAAACCAGACGACGGCUAUGGCCCGAAAAAGAACACGUACGAUCAGCAGAAGUAUUACGGCACCAGCCGAGAAGGCCUUGAGGAAGAGGACCGCAUGUAUGGCUCUGGAAGGUCCAGAUCCACCGGCUACGGCAUGGACAAGAUCUCCUCCCGGGACAGCACAGGUUACAGGAGUAAGUCCUACGAGAGGGAUGCUAUGGAGAGGUCCCAGAGAACGGGCCGCGGAGGCAGACCUCCCAUGCGUAGCCAAAACUCAGAGGAGGAGAGCCCGCUCAGCCCUGUGGGGAAGCCCGUGGGCAUCGGUAGAGGCUCUGGUGCUCCUGAUGCCAACGAUGUUAGAAACCAGUAUGGCUCCAGCCAUUCCCUGCCAGACGUGCAGGACCACCACAUGAAGGACCAGCCCAGGAGUCAUGUCUACAAACCGGAUGACCCCUACCUCGUAGAUGACAUGCAUUGUGCCGUUUCGGACAGCGAAGCAUAUCAUUUGGGCCAAGAAGAGACUGACUGGUUUGAGAAGCCGAGGGAGGCCCGCUCAGACCGGUCGAGGCACCAUGGAGGUGGUGGCCACUCGUCCACAGGUAGGCGUGGUAACGUAAAGCACACCUACCACGAUUACGAUGAGCCACCUGAGGAGGACUGGGCCCAGGACGAGUACAACCAGCAACGCCACGGAUCAUCCACGUCCUCCCGGGAACACCGUCACCACGGCAGCAGCAGCACCGGCAGGCACAGCUCUUCCCGCCAUGCCUCAGAAGAUCCCAGAGCCUCCCGCUCAUCUCGGACACACUCCAAAGACCCGGCUGCCCGCACCGAGGGCAGAACCUCUUCCUCUGCCCAGCGAAGGGGCGGUCCCGAAGCGCGCUCAACCCAAGGCAGCCAUCGGGACUCAGGAGAAUUCUCUCGGGACCCGACUGCUGGCCAUAACCAUGGCUCGGGAGGUAGAGGCCAGAGGCCCCCCGGAGAAAGGGCUAAUUCCAGGAGGCCAGAUCCAUCUGCAGCCGCUGCAGCAAUGAGGGCCUCCCCGCCCGCCGCCGCCACACCCCCUAAAACAGCCACGCCUCCACUGACAGGCAUCGGCUCCAAGGCUCCGGUGGGGAUCGGGAGUAAGGCCGGAGGCAUCGGCGGCGCCGCGCCCCCCCAGGCCGCCGCCGACGGGGAGAACGUCCUCACCAAGAUGCUGCCUGGAGCGGCCGCAGAGCAGGCCGGGAAGCUGGGAGAUGAAGUGGAAUCAAAGUUCGUCAGUAACGGACUCCCCAGACACCUGAACCGACCCGCUGACGCUCAGUGGUUUAAUGGAGGCAUGAUGAAGCCCUGGGGUCACUUGACCUCAGAGACCAGCGGCCCCCGUUGA